AUGAGGCCGUUCUCGAAGCACGAUCGACGCCGGUGGUCAUUUGAUUCCGUCUCCGCCGGAAGAACCGCCGCCGGGAGUGCAUCUACAUCUCCGGGAACUGAAUGUUCCAACGGCGGCUACGGUGAUGAGUUCGUCGAGGUUACGAUCGAUCUUCAGGACGACGACACCAUCGUCCUUCGAAGCGUCGAGCCAGCAACCGCCAUUACUGUCGAUAUCUCCGACGAAAUCGCAUCAACCCCUGGAGGCGGCGGGAUGAUGACUCCGGUUUCGAUCUCGAGAUCCCCGACGAUGAAGCGGACCUCGUCGAAUCGGCUCCGGCAAUUCUCGCAGGAGCUCAAGGCGGAAGCGGUCGCCAAGGCGAAGCAGUUGUCGCAGGAGCUGAAGCGAUUCUCGUGGUCUCGGUCUUUCUCCGGCACUUUAUCAUCCUCCGCGGCGAAUCAAAGCGGCGGCGGUGGAGGAGGUCUAGUGAACUCGGCUCUAGAGGCUCGAGCGUUGCGGAAACAACGAGCUCAGCUAGAUCGGACUCGGUCCAGUGCUCAGAGAGCGCUUCGUGGCUUGAGAUUCAUCAGCAACAACAAUAAGAACGUCGAUGGCUGGAACGAUGUUCAGAGCAAUUUCGAAAAGCUUUCCAAAAACGGUUUCAUCUAUCGCUCCGAUUUCGCUCAAUGCAUAGGUUCGAAAAUUCGAAAUUCGAAAUCGAAAUCGAGAUUCACAGAUUUUGAUUUGAAAUUCGAAUUCUUAAACUCGAUUUUUUUAUUGUUUUUUUUAUUUUAAUUCUUCAACAGGAAUGAAAGAUUCAAAGGAAUUUGCACUCGAACUGUUCGACGCAUUGAAGUGGACAAGAACGAAGAUGGGAGAAUUACAGAAGAGGAAGUCAAGGAGAUUAUAAUGCUGAGUGCAUCUGCAAAUAAGCUAUCAAGAUUGAAGGAACAAGCAGAGGAAUAUGCAGCUUUGAUUAUGGAAGAGUUAGAUCCUGAAAGACUUGGCUACAUAGAGCUAUGGCAACUAGAGACUCUGCUUUUGCAAAAAGACACGUACCUCAAUUACAGUCAAGCAUUGAGCUAUACAAGCCAAGCAUUGAGCCAAAACCUUCAAGGGUUAAGAAAAAACAGCAGAAUACAUCGAAUGGGCUCGGAUUGCGUCUACUUCAUGCAAGAGAAUUGGAAAAGGAUAUGGGUCUUGUCCUUAUGGGUACUGAUCAUGAUCGGGUUGUUCUUGUGGAAAUUCUUCCAGUACAAGCAAAAAGAUGCGUUUCACGUGAUGGGUUAUUGCUUACUCACAGCAAAAGGAGCAGCAGAAACACUUAAAUUCAACAUGGCUCUUAUACUCUUCCCGGUUUGCAGAAACACCAUUACUUGGCUCAGAUCCACAAGACUCUCUUACUUCGUUCCUUUUGAUGAUAACAUCAAUUUCCACAAGACAAUAGCAGGAGCCAUUGUAGUAGCCGUGAUCCUUCAUGUUGGAGACCAUCUUGCUUGUGACUUCCCAAGAAUCGUUAGAGCCACAGAGUACGAUUACAAUCGCUAUCUGUUUCAUUACUUUCAGCAAAAACAGCCAACGUACUUCGACCUCGUUAAGGGACCUGAAGGCAUCACAGGGAUCUUGAUGAUCAUUUUGAUGGCUAUUUCAUUCACAUUAGCAACGAGAUGGUUUCGGCGUAACCUCGUCAAGCUUCCUAAGCCUUUUGAUCGUCUUACUGGUUUUAACGCCUUUUGGUAUUCACACCAUUUGUUCGUCAUCGUCUACAUCUUGCUUAUCCUUCAUGGAAUCUUCCUCUAUUUCGCCAAGCCUUGGUAUGUUCACACGACAUGGAUGUAUCUCUCCGUACCGAUUUUACUAUAUGGUGGAGAGAGAACACUUAGGUAUUUCCGUUCUGGUUCUUAUUCGGUUCGACUUCUUAAGGUUGCUAUAUAUCCUGGUAACGUUUUGACGCUGCAAAUGUCGAAACCAUCUCAAUUUCGUUACAAAAGCGGACAAUACAUGUUCGUCCAGUGUCCUGCAGUUUCGCCAUUCGAAUGGCAUCCAUUCUCAAUUACUUCAGCACCUGAAGAUGACUAUAUCAGUAUUCACAUCAGACAACUUGGAGACUGGACUCAAGAACUCAAAAGAGUAUUCUCUGAAGUUUGUGAGCCACCUGUUGCUGGUAAAAGCGGACUUCUCAGAGCCGACGAAACAACAAAGAAAAAUUUGCCAAAGCUAUUGAUAGAUGGACCGUACGGAGCACCAGCACAAGACUAUAGAAAAUAUGAUGUUCUCUUAUUAGUUGGUCUUGGCAUUGGUGCAACUCCAUUUAUCAGUAUCUUGAAAGAUUUGCUCAACAACAUUGUUAAAAUGGAAGAGCAAGCGGACUCGAUCUCGGAUUUCAGUAGAUCAUCAGAGCACAGCAUAGGGAGCAACAGUGACAACAAUAACAAUACACCGAGACGAAAAAAAUUACUAAAAACAACAAAUGCUUACUUCUAUUGGGUCACAAGAGAACAAGGCUCGUUUGAUUGGUUCAAAGGCGUCAUGAACGAAGUCGCAGAGCUUGACCAACGGGGUGUGAUAGAGAUGCAUAACUAUUUGACAAGUGUGUAUGAAGAAGGUGAUGCUCGUUCUGCUCUCAUUACAAUGGUUCAAGCUCUUAAUCACGCCAAAAAUGGAGUCGAUAUCGUCUCUGGCACUAGGGUCAGAACACACUUUGCAAGACCUAAUUGGAAGAAGGUUCUUUCUAAGCUAAGUUCCAAGCAUUGCAAUGCAAGAAUAGGAGUGUUUUAUUGUGGAGUACCGGUUCUAGGCAAAGAGCUUAGCAAGCUUUGCAACACAUUCAAUCAAAAAGGUUCAACGAAGUUUGAGUUUCACAAGGAGCAUUUCUAAAGGAAAAGAAGGAAGAAACCUAAAGCCCUCCCCUAGAUUCUUUAAUAUCUCACAUUUAGCCACUUAUAGUAUAGAAUCAAUCUCUUCACACCCCUUAUCCCAUAUACAUACAUACAUACUUUAAUUCCACACGUUCUCUAGGGUCUAUAUAUUCACCGAGGCAUACGUGUAAAUAUACGAGAAGGAGAAUAUAAGGGGGGAAGUUUGAUAGAAGCAUAGAGUAACUUUUGGGUUUUUUUCCUAUAUUACUUGUAAAGCAAGCAAGGAGAUGAGGAAAGAUUCUAUAAGAGAAGGUGAGGGUUGGUGAGAGAAAGAGACUGUAAUGUGUAUUCCGACGUCGUUUUCGGUUGUGGAGAAAGUGCAAUACAGCUGCAGAGAAGAGAGAGGAUGGAAGCAAAUAAUGCGUUGAUAAGGUCCAUGUGAUUAGGAAGAAAGAAGACAUUUUUGGGGGAUUUUUUUUUUUAUCUAUUUUUUUAGCUGUUUAAAUUAUUUCAGUGGAGUCGGUGAAUAGAGCUUCUAGAACCUGGGGAGGAUAUUUGGGAAUAAGGGAUUUAUAAUAUUUUAAUUAUUAUUAUUUUAUUAAUGUAAGAUGUACAAUGUUGUACAUAGUAGCAUAGCAGAAAGUUAUAGAAGUUUCUUUUCGAUUUUCGUCCCUCUCUUUACAGUGUAUGCUCAUCAUCAUCCCUGCU